AUGAUAGAAGAUUUGAACGAUGAUACUGCCAUUGAUGCUAUGAAAGACAACACCAGCAUGCAGGUCUUCCGAGAUAGCUUGAUCACCAAUCCGGUUGACACUUACACCGAGUUGAUGAACAGGGCUUGGAAUUAUAUCAACCUCGAUGAGGAGAGACAAAGGAAAGUUUAUGGGAUGGCUAGCUCGGUUCCCAGUAAACCGCAGAGCACUCCGAGAUCUAACCGUAGUCAAGAUCGGUACCGACCUCUGAACGAGACUUCGGGAUACAGGGGAAGCAAGUCAUUUAAUGCUCAACUCAGUCCGCCUAGCACGGGACCUGGUACAAAGCCGAGUUUCAGCAUUGGGGGAGGUACGGAAGGAUACGUGGACCGAGCAGGGGUACCCAGACAAUAUGUACCGCUCAAUACUCCGAGGGAGCAAAUUUUAUCUUGGAUCAAGCACAAUAACGAGGAGAUUCGUUAUCCCCCGAGGCUGGUGAAGGACGGAGAUCGGUCCAAGUUCUGUGAAUUCCAUGAUGGCUAUGGCCAUGAAACAGAAGAAUGUGGGCGCUUGCGAAGUGAGAUAGACAAGCUGGUUUGCCAGGGACGAUUACAACACUUCGUGGUUGCCAAGGAGGGUCAAGACCGAGGAAACACGAGGGUCAACUCGGUCAGGUCGGAGCCCGGAGGAAGCAGGGAAGCCCAACCCCCAUCGAAGAAAACACAAGUCACAGGGGUGAUUAACACAAUCUCAGGAGGAACCUUGGAAUCUGAGUAUAGCCGAAAACGCAGAAAGAAAAAACAAAUGAUGGUCAUGUCAGUGUCUACAGGAUCGCCAUGGCCUAGCAUUGUUUUCGGGCCAGAGGAUGCGAAGGGGGUAGAAUUUCCCCACGAAGACGCUUUGAUUGUAUCAGCUAUUGUUGGAUCGAAAUGGGUAAAACGACUGCUGGUGGAUGAUGGUAGCUCAGUUAACUUAUUGACUUUGUCAGUAUUUUUGACGCUGGGAGGAUCCAAAAAUGAUCUUAAACCAGUGAACAUCCCCCUCCUGGGGCUGGGUGGAGCUUCGGUCUGCCCAGAAGGCAAGGUCGAGCUAGACUUGGAGCUCGGAGUCGAAAUACCUCAGGAGGAUGGAACAGAGGGUAUCCUGGCGGAACCAACACGGAAGGUACAUUCACUUUUUAUGAUAGUUGACAUGCCUUUAGCGUACAAUGGUAUUCUUGGUAGACCUAUGUUGUAUAGCACAGGUGCAGUGACUAGUAUACGUUACUUAAUGAUGAAAAUCCCAGUGGAAAAUGAGGUCAUAACUAUUAGGGGAAAUCAAACCCUAUCUCGGCAAUGUUACAUGGCAACGAUGGGCAGCACGGUGGAAACGAUGAACAUCGAUACACCGGAGCUGCUCCUCAGAGAGAAAAAGGCUCAGAAACCCCGGGAAAACUUAGAAACAAUUGAACUAAUAGAGGGCUCUGAGAUGUGUGUGAAGCUGGGAGUAGAUUGGCCAACCGAGCACCGAGAAGCUAUCAUAGCUCGGAUAAAACAGUACGUGGAAGAGUUUACCAACAAGCCAGAGGAUAUCGGGGGGGGGGGGGUAGUCCCGAAGAUAAUCUCGCACAAGUUAAACGUGGAUGCUAAGUGCAAGCCUGUCAAGCAAAAGAAAAGAACUUUCUCUCUAGAGAAACAUAUUGCUAUCCGAGAUGAAGUGGAGAAGCUUUUGAAAGCCGGGUUCAUCAGGAAAGUGGAUUACCCGGAGUGGCUGGCCAAUGUGGUUUUAAUCAAGAAAUCUAAUGGCAGAUGGAGGCUUUGUAUAGUUUUCACUGAUCUAAACAAUGCCUGCCCGAAAGACAGUUUCCCUCUGCCGAACAUCGACCAACUGGUAGAUGCAACGUGUAGUUUCGCAGUCUAUGCAUUCUUAGAUGCUUCUCAGGGAUACCACCAAAUCCCGAUGAACAAGGAUGACGAGGAAAAGACAGCAUUCACCACAGAUCUGGGGACAUAUUGCUACAAGAAGAUGCCUUUUGAGGGAUCGAGGAUCAUGCGGGGGGACCUGGCAGAAACUUUUGAAAAGCUGAAGAAGUUCAACCUUAAGCUGAACCCGGAGAAGUGUGUUUUCGCAGUACGGUCUGGGAAGUUUCUUGGGCACCUCAUCUCAGAGAAAGGUAUCGAGGCAAACCCUGAGAAAAUCAAGGCAGUAAUGAACAUGAAAGCCCCUAACUCGAAUUUCAAGUGGACGGAGGAGUGCAACGCAGCUUUUGAAGAGCUGAAGGUUUACCUCAGCACACCCCCGGUGCUAGGUAGACCAGAGCCAGGAGAAAUCUUGUACUUAUAUCUCUCGGUGAAUGAUGAGACAGCAUCGGCAGUCCUGGUCAAGGAAGAUAAAGUGGCAGCAGAAAAGCUAAGGAGAUAUUUUGAAGCUCACAUUAUAGUAGUACGGACAAACCAACCUCUGAGAAAGGCAUUGCAGAGGCCAGAAAUGUCAGGACGACUGGUCAGCUGGUCGGUCCAGUUGGGAGGAUACGACAUCCGUGAUCAAACUGAGGAAGCUGAUGAACAACUUCUAAAGUGGGUCCUAGAAGUCGAUGGAGCAGCGAAUCUGGAAGGAUCUGGAGCAGGCGUGGUCCUGAGAGGGCCUCACGGAGUUACACUCCGGAGCUCGGUAAAAUUCGAUUUCCCGGCGUCCAACAACGCCGCGGAAUAUGAGGCUCUGCUAAUCGGAUUGAGAAUGGUAAAUGUGGUCAAAGCCGAGCAUGUAACGAUAAGGAGCGAUUCUCAGUUGGUCGUUUGUCAAAUUCCGGGUACUUUUGAAGCUCGGGAUCCAGAGAUGCGAAGAUACGUUGACAGAGUCAAGUUCUUCUUGAACAAGAUUCAGGAGCUCGGGGGAAAAUGGGUGAUAGAGCAAGUUCCCCGCUUGGAAAACCAAGAAGCCAACGUACUGGCCAAAGCAGCAACAGGGGAUGAAAAGAUAUAA